AACAUAACAACACCGUUUAUAUAUAUAUAUAUUAUGUAUUGAAGACAAUUGCAUAUUUAAUUUUAAUAGACCAAAACCGUGGUGACUUCCUCGGUUACACACACACACACACAUACAUUGACAAACUCAAAGCCAAAUCACCAAAAAGGAAUUUGCUUACUAAUUACGCCAUCCCCAAUGAUAAUUCCACGCCAUCAUUCUUGAAGCCCAAGGCAAAAGCCACAACUCAACGUCGUGUUUAUAAAUACUAUUUCCUUAUGUAACCCACAAUUCAACUCCAACGCAAAGGCCCAAUUCUCACGAUGAAUUUCAAAGACAUGGCCGUUCCCCAGUCCGUCUCCGCCGUCUUCUCUGCCUACGCCUCCUUCGCCACCACCAUGAUGCUCAUCCGUUCUGUCACCAACGAACUUCUCCCCGCCAAACUCAUCUCCUUCCUCUCUUCAAUUUUCGUCUACUUCUUCGGUUCUAUUUCUUCUCAGACUAAGUUUGUCAUUGAGGAGAAUUCUGGGUUUGCCAUGAACGAGGUUUUUCAGGCCGCCGAGUUUUAUCUCCGUACUAAAAUCAGCCCUUCUAUUGAUACUCUCAAGGUUACCAAAACCCCUCGUCAGAAGAAAGUCACGCUUUCCAUCGAUAAGGACCAAGAAAUCAUUGAUUACUUCGAAAAUAUUCGCCUCCAGUGGCGAUUUCUCUGUUCCGUAGAUGAACGCAAUGGGGGUGGAGGCAGAGAGAAGCGUCAAUUUGAGCUUUUGUUUCCCAAGAAAUUCAGAGACAGAGUUGUCGAUUUCUAUUUACCUUAUGUGUUAAAAAGGGCGAAGGAGAUUAAAGAGGAGAACAAAGUUGUGAAGAUUUUUAGCCAGGAAUGUCAGUAUGAUGACGACAGUGGCGGCAAUUGGGGCUCUGUAAAUCUAGAACAUCCAGCGACGUUUGAUACGCUGGCUAUGGACCCUGAGUUAAAGCAAUCGAUAAUCGAGGAUUUGGAUAGGUUUGUUAGAAGGAAGGAUUUCUAUAAAAAAGUGGGGAAGGCUUGGAAGAGGGGAUAUUUGUUGUAUGGUCCUCCUGGUACGGGAAAAUCUAGCUUAAUUGCCGCCAUGGCUAACUACCUUAAGUUUGACAUUUAUGAUUUGGAUCUCUCAAACAUGUACAGCAAUAGCGAUCUCAGGAGGGUUUUGUUAGCCACAACAAAUCGAUCAAUUUUGGUGAUAGAGGAUAUAGAUUGCAGCGUGGAAAUACAAAAUCGCCAAAGUGAAGAGAAUUUUGAUCGAUCCAGCAGCAAGUUUACCUUGUCGGGGAUGCUUAAUUUCAUCGACGGAUUGUGGUCAAGUUGUGGAGACGAAAGAAUCAUAAUCUUUACAACGAACAACAAGCACCGAUUGGAUCCUGCUCUGCUACGGGCGGGUCGGAUGGAUAUGCAUAUAAACAUGUCGUAUUGUAGCCGUGAAGGGUUGAAGGUGUUGGUGUCGAACUACCUCGGUGGGGAAGCGACUAAGCACAGUACGUAUGGAGAAAUAGAAGAGUUGAUCGGAGAAAUGGAAGUAGCACCGGCAGAGAUAGCAGAAGAGCUAAUGAAGGGGGAGGAGACGGAGGCGGUUCUUGGGGGACUGUUGGGUUUUCUGAAACGUAAAAGAGAAGAACAGAGGAAGGAGAAAGAGGAGAAGAAAGAAGAGAAAGGAGUAGAAGAAGAUAAAAUAGAAGAAGAAGAAGAAGAAGGGGAUAAAAUAGAAGAAGAGGAAGAAGCAACGAAGAAGAUAAAAUGGGAAUUGAGAAAUAGAGUGCGAAGAAUUGGAUAUGGGUAUAGAGGGCGUGGGCGUGGGCGAGGGCGUGGGACUCGACGAAUAACGAUGUGAAUUUGGUAGGCGGAGUGGAGUGGAGCGCUCAACCAUUUGAGGGAAUGGAAAGGAAACCCCGUGUUUUUGUGAUUGGGGUUUUGUUCGUCUUUGUCAGAGGCCGAGUGGACUCACAGUUGUUGGCUCCGAGUUUGGUUAGCCAUUGGUUACACCAAUUUUUUAAUUAUAAAAUGUAUAAUUAUAUUAAAGUAUAUGAUGAAAAUAAUUUGAAAUAC